AUGCCCUCAAAGCCGAGUAUGGUGUCUGUGAAACAGCUCUUCAAUGGAGGGAACAAAUGGCUUCUUAUGAUAAUUGCCUGUGUGGUGACAGUUAUAAACAUGGGUCUCGUGCUGUCAUUCGGCAGUCUCUUUGUGGCCUUGAUGGAGAAAUUUCAGACAGAUCACUCGACAACUGCAGCCGUGCAGUCACUUCUUGUAGGCGGGACUUUAAGUUUUGGUGUUGUAAGCGGCAUUCUUAUUUCAAGGAUAGGGCUGACCUUGGUGACGUUUAUUUCCGGUAUUUUGGUGACAUCAGGAUUUUGCAUGUCUUACUUUGCAGUCAGUAUAUACUUUCUGUAUGUAAGCAUAGGAAUUGUCUCUGCAAUAGGAAUAUCUCUAUCAUUCAUCAGCAGCUUGACACUGGCCCGUCAAGCGUUUACAGGAACACAGAGCAUGGUGUUCAUAUCUUUAGUAAAUACAUCGAUAUCAGUCGGCGCAAUCAUUUACCCGUUUUUCUUGCAAUGGCUGCGAGAACGUUACGGUCUUUCAGGAACGUUUCUUAUUCUAGGCGGGAUCACCAGUAAUACGUUUACCUUAUUUGUAAUGUGUCGGAUGCAUCAUGUGGAUGUUAAAAGUACCACUUCAAAAUACGGAUCUGUUGGUGACAUCGUCAGUGAUAGUGCACCCGGAAAGAAUUCCGAAGGACAACGAAAGAAAGUUCGAUAUUUUGAAGAUCUAAUUUCUCUGGCAUAUCUUUGUCUGCUAUUUGCCACGGGAUUUUCUGUCGCUGCAUUUAAUGGAUAUAUUGCACUUAUGCUAGACAUUUCACUUUGGAAGGGUUUUAGUAAUUCUCAGGGUCUUUUAUCCAUGGAAGUAUACCAUAUAUUUGGAAUAUUGUCUAGACUUUUGCCAGCAGUUGUGAAGUACAAGACAAAUAUUAGUGUUUUCGUGUGCGCAAUAAUAUCUGCCGCAUCAGGCUGUAUUGGUCAAUUGAUGUUGUAUGUAACCUCUGGGUUUGUACCAUACAUAAUUGGAACGUGUUUAAGUGGAAUAGCAAUAGGCGGAAUAUUAUCAUCAUCGUUGAUUCUUAUAAUAGAAGUAGUCCGUCUGGAACAGAGUCCUGUUGCGUAUGGACUACUUUAUACAGCGAAUGGACUUUUGUCAACUGUCACUGGAUAUAUGUUGGGUAAAUUUCGCGACAUCUCUGAUUCGUAUUCAAGUGUAAUUCUGACAAUUUGUGGGUCACAACUGAUUGCUGCGGUACUUUAUUUCAUUGCAUAUAUAUCGUGGAAGCGCAAAACUUCAAAGGAAAACAUAUUGUACUUCAAAGAAGUGGAUUUGCUUGCUCCUACAAACGUUGAAAAUGACCUGUAAAUCAAGAAAAUAUGACCCAGAGAUUAGGAAAGUUAAUGGACAUUGUACUACUCCUUAAGUGUUGGUAGGAACUAUGAAUUCAACACUAUCUGCGCUGGCAUUACACUUUUCAAAAAGCAUAAACUGGAUCAUGAAGAUCAUAUCAGUCGAAUGAAUGUCCAACAUCAUUUCUUAUAGCAGGGACAGAAAUUGAGGACACCACUUACAUCUUUUUCUGGUUUAUUUCGGACAUAAAUUCAUCCGUUUUAACAUUCUGAUGUUUUAAUUACACGAGGUCCAAUUUUAUUGUCUGUAUAACAAUAAUUAUGUUCUUAAAGGCCUAGAUUCACUACUAUAUAAGUGUCCCCCGCCCCAAAUCCAAUAUACAACCCCCAUUGACCAUUUAUGUUAAGGAAAUGAUAUUGUUAAGUACAGUUCAAAUGCACUAAACAUAAUAUUCCAGUUUACGCAACUUUUUAUACUCGGCAUAUUCGUAACGGCCGCUCAUCGUAUUCCUACCAACCACUCAGCAUAUUCGUAACGGCCGAGCAUAUUCGUAACGGCCGCUCAUCGUAUUCCUACCAACCACUCAGCAUAUUCGUAACGGCCGCUCAGAGUAUUCGAUCCAACCUCUCAGCAUAUUCGUAACGGCCGCUUAUCGUAUUCGUACCAACCGCUCAGCAUAUUCGUAACGGCCGCUCAGCGUAUUCGUACCAACCGCUCAGCAUAUUCGUAACGGCCGCCCAGGCCGAGGACCAUGGGCGGUAAUAAAGCUGUAUUGGCUGGCGACUGCCGUAGUGUACACAUGCUUAAGGUUCCAAAAAAUGGAUUUAGUGUCUAGCACUAUUGAUGACUUUAUAUUUUCAGUUUAAUUUCCACAUACAAAUGAGUUUCGAAUUUUGUUAUUCGCAUAAUUAACCUUUUAAUAUCAAGUUUAUUGUUGAAUACCACCACUAACAUAUGUAGGCCUAGAAGCUUAUAUCGUUUAUAAACACUUUCCUUAAAUGUAAACCUCGAUCAUAUAUUAAGGUUUCGAAGUAGGCCUUGAGAAACAAAAAUCAAACAACACCAAAUCAUAGAAAGAAAUAGUUGUACGAAAUAAGUGUCAGUAUACUGAUAUAAACAUUGAAUUCCGGAAAAGGACUGCCUAAAGGAGCUCCACUUUUUUCAUUUUCAAAGAACAGUUACACAUGUUCGUUUCGAAGCAUUUGCAAUAGCGUGCGAGUGGUGAAAUUUCGCAUAACACGGUGGAACACAGUUUUCAGCAAUUAUUUCUUUACAAGUGGUAUUCAUUUUCAAAGGGAGCAACUUUUUUCCGAUUGUUUUAAGUAAUCGUCGAGAAAAAGUUGUCUCCCUUUGCAAAUGGCGUCAAGGCGGGUAGGGAAAGUAACUCUUACUGGAAAAAGCCAAGUGGCCUCCCCUUAAUUUUGCAAAUGGCGUCAAAGCAGGUAGGGGAAGUAACUUAUAAUGGAAAAUAAAACCAGGUCGGUAAGAGUGACCGCCCCUUAAUUUUGCAAAUGGCGGCAAGGCAGGUAGGGGAAGUAACUUAUAAUGGAAAAUAAAACCAGGUCGGUAAGAGUGACCGCCCCUUAAUUUUGCAAAUGGCGGCAAGGCAGGUAGGGGAAGUAACUGUUAAUGGAAAAUAAAACUAGGUCGGUUAGUGACCUCCCCUUAAUUUUGCAAAUAGCGUCAAGGCAAGUAGGGGAAGUAACUCUUAAUGAAAAAAAAGGUCGGUUAGAGUGACCUCCCCUUCAUUUUGCAAAUGGCGUCAAGGCAGGUAGGGGAAGUAACUGUUAAUGGAAAAUAAAACUAGGUCGGUUAGUGACCUCCCCUUAAUUUUGCAAAAAGCGUCAAGGCGAGUAGGAGAAGUAACUCUUAAAGAAAAAAAACAAGGUUGGUUAGAGUGACCUCCCCUUAAUUUUGCAAAUGGCGUGAAGGCGGGUAGGGGAAGUAACUCUUAAUGAAAAAAAACCAAGAUCGGUUAGUGACCUCCCCUUAAUUUUGCAAAUGGCGUCAAGGUGGGUAGGGGAAGUAACUCCUAAUGGAAAAAGCCAAGGUCGGUUAGAGUGACCUCCCCUUAAUUUUGCAAAUGGCGUCCAGGCGGGUAGGGGAAGUAACUCUUAAUGGAAAAAGCCAAGGUCGGUUAGAGUGACCUCCCCUUAAUUUUGCAAAUGGCGUCAAGGCGGGUAGGGGAAGUAACUGUUAAUGGAAAAUAUAACCAAGGUCGAUUAGAGUGGCCUCCCCCUUAAUUUUGCAAAUGGCGUCAAGGCGGGUAGGAGAAGUAACUCUUAAUGGAAAAUAAGACCAGGUCGGUUAGAGUGACCUCCCCUUAAUUUUGCAAAUGGCGUCAAGGCGGGUAGGGGAAGUAAAUCUUAAUGAAAAAAAACAAGGUCGGUUAGAGUGACUUCCCCUUCAUUUUGCAAAUUGCGUCGACUGUGACUCAAUGCAGACUUGGAGCACCGGUAUAAAUUACAGACUCCGGUACAUACCGGAUAAACUAAAUUUGAACGAAAAUAUCUUAAAUGUCUAUAUUUUGUAACCAUGGUGAUACUCACCCUAACCUUUAGUCAGUAUUUCAUGCAUAUUGUACACUAAAUGCAUGCGGACAUGCAAAAAUAUGCAUAUUGUUGCCGUGCGCUACAAAUGAUAAUCACUUUCGGGCAUGCGCAGAAGACCGCUCCAAGUCUGCAAUGAGUUACAUCGAAUUGCGUCAAGGUAGGUAGGGGAAGUAACUGUUAAUGGAAAAAAAACUAGGUCGGUUAGAGUGACCUCCCCUUCAUUUUGCAAAUGGCGUCAAGGCAGUUAGGGGAAGUAACUGUUAAUGGAAAAUAAAACUAGGUCAGUUAGUGACCUCCCCUUAAUUUUGCAAAUAGCGCCAAGGCGAGUAGGGGAAGUAAUUCUUAAUGAAAAAGCCAAGGUCGGUUAGAGUGACCUCCCCUUAAUUUUGCAAAUGGCGUCAAGGCGGGUAGGGGAAGUAACUCUUAAUGAAAAAAACCAAGGUCGGUUAGAGUGACCUCCCCUUAAUUUUGCAAAUGGCGUCAAGGCGGGUAGGGGAAGUAACUCUUAAUGAAAAAAACCAAGGUCGGUUAGAGUGACCUCCCCUUAAUUUUGCAAAUGGCGUCAAGGCGGGUAGGGGAAGUAACUCUUAAUGGAAAAAAACCAAGGUCAGUUAGAGUGACCUCCCCUUAAUUUUGCAAAUGGCGUCAAGGCGGGUAGGGGAAGUAACUCUUAAUGGAAAAAGCCAAGGUCGGUUAGAGUGACCUCCCCUUAAUUUUGCAAAUGGCGUCAAGGCGGGUAGGGGAAGUAACUCCUAAUGGAAAAAGCCAAGGUCGGUUAGAGUGACCUCCCCUUAAUUUUGCAAAUGGCGGCAAGGCGGGUAGGGGAAGUAACUGUUAAUGGAAAAAAACAAAGUCGAUUAGAGUGACCUCCCCUUAAUUUUGCAAAUGGCGUCAAGGCGGGUAAGGGAAGUAACUCUUAAUGAAAAAACCUAGGUCGGUUAGAGUGACCUCCCCUUAAUUUUGCAAAUGGCGUCAAGGCGGGUAGGGGAAGUAACUCUUAAUGGAAAAAAACCAAGGUCAGUUAGAGUGACCUCCCCUUAAUUUUGCAAAUGGCGUCAAGGCGGGUAGGGGAAGUAACUCUUAAUGGAAAAAGCAAAGGUCGGUUAGAGUGACCUCCCCUUAAUUUUGCAAAUGGCGUCAAGGCGGGUAGGGGAAGUAACUCUUAAUGAAAAAAAAGACCAAGGUCUGUUAGAGUGACCUCCCCUUAAUUUUGCAAAUGGCGUCAAGGUGGGUAGGGGAAGUAACUCCUAAUGGAAAAAGCCAAGGUCGGUUAGUGUGACCUCCCCUUAAUUUUGCAAAUGGCAUCAAGGUGGGUAGGGGAAGUAACUCCUAAUGGAAAAAGCCAAGGUCGGUUAGUGACCUCCCCUUAAUUUUGCAAAUGGCGUCAAGGCGGGUAGGGGAAGUAACUCUUAAUGGAAAAGCCAAGGUCGGUUAGAGUGGCCUCCCCUUAAUUUUGCAAAUGGCGUCAAGGCGGGUUGGGGAAGUAACUCUUAAUGAAAAAAAGACCAAGGUCGGUUAGAGUGACCCCCCCUUAAUUUUGCAAAUGGCGUCAAGGCGGGUAGGGGAAGUAACUCUUAAUGGAAAAAAACCAAGGUCGGUUAGAGUGACCUCCCCUUAAUUUUGCAAAUGGCGUCAAGGUGGGUAGGGGAAGUAACUCUUAAUGGAAAAAGCCAAGGUCGGUUAGAGUGACCUCCCCUUAAUUUUGCAAAUGGCGUCAAGGCGGGUAGGGGAAGUAACUCUUAAUGGAAAAAACCAAGGUCGGUUAGAGUGACCUCCCCUUAAUUUUGCAAAUGGCGUCAAGGCGGGUAGGGGAAGUAACUGUUAAUGGAAAAUAUAACCAAGGUCGAUUAGAGUGGCCUCCCCCUUAAUUUUGCAAAUGGCGUCAAGGCGGGUAGGGGAAGUAACACUUAA